AUGUCUGUACAGUGUAGCGCCACUUACCAGAAUGGAGAAGACAGUGAGCACACUGGACGGCAGAGAGGUGGUGAUGAUGGUGAUGAUGGGACUCUCCAGCGCGGCCCGGGCUGGGCCGGGGCGGAGCGGUCAGGCCUCAGGAACUGGGGCCCGCGUCGCCUCGGCCUUGUCGGACCCCCCGCCCCGGCCCGCCCGCGCCUCGGCCCCGCGGAGGACGCCGCGCCGCUCCGGACAGGGCGCCGCGCUCAGCCCGCCGCGGGGACUGGAAGGAGUCACCGCGCUCAGCCCGCCGGGGGGACGGGGGGGACUCACCGCGGGCGCACGGCUGGGCUCCGACGGCGGCCGGCGGGCUGCGGGGCGCGCUCCCGUGCGCGGCGCGGGCCAGCCGCCGCCUCCGCGCUCCGCCCUCUGUCCCUGGGGCCAUCGGCCGAGGGGCGGAGCAGGGACCGGCCGGCGUCUGCGCGGGCCCCCACCCCCGCCCGCUGGAGGGACUUCGCCCUGGGCCUGAGGGGACGGUCGCUAGGCGGUCAGCGGCAGGAAGCGGGCGAAGCCUCCCUCGCCCACGUCGGCGGGCCCCCGCCUGGGCCCGGGGGUGGGGAGGGGCACUGCCGGCUCGCGCUGGACAGAGACCGAAGGGUGGGAGGACGCGCGGCGUUUGCAAAUAACCGGCCCUCAGGGCAGCAGAGGCUCGGGGAUCUGGCGGCUCCGGUACCCGAGGCCCCCGCGCCCCCGCGCCCCCGCGCCCUGCUCCCCGCCCUGCCUUCGCUGCUUGCACAGCGUGCCAACAGCACUUUACCACGCAGGCUGUCGGCGGUCGGAGUCAGAGAAAUGCUGCGAGUUGACCCUGAGGGGGCCUUCCUCACAGGACCUGCUUUCCCUGGGUUGGUUGGAGUUGCGCCCUCUCAGGCAAGAUUGAACACUGCCACUUGAGUCAAACAGCAGCUGCAGCUGACAAUCUGUGAACAUGGCUGACCCUGAAUUAUUCUCCAGUGCUGACGCCAUCAAUAGCAGCUCUCGACAUGGAGCUCCUUUAAACAGUUUACUUGUUGAAGAAAUAAUUGUUCAUCCUGUAGUGUUCUAUCGCCUGAAUUUUGCUAAUUGCAUCUCCAUGAUGUCAUUUAAUAUGUUCUUCGGUCCCCUGGAAAUCAGUACAUGUAUCUUGAACCUUGACUAGACUAUAGUUCCAUGUUUUGCAUGGGAAUACUUCAUAGAUGUUGUUGUGUACUUUUAUCAGGAGGUACAUAAUAUCUGGUUGUCUCUUUUUUGUGUGAUGUGAGUGGGCAUUGAGAAUCAUUGCCUAGACUCAUUCAUCCUUAGGGAUUGCAAAUGAAGAUAUUCUCAUGGAAUCUCUUCAGGUUGGCUCCUGAAUCCUUUUGUUAUAACACAGCUGUCCCGGAUAGCUUUCAGGCUUUCCUCAUUCACUCACUUUGUUCAUUUUCUGCUCUGGACUGAGAACCUGUCAUUUCUCAAGGAAGCCUGGUCCUCUUGGUAGGAAAUGGUAUUUGAGACCAUAAUCUGGGCACUAGGGGUGCUCAUUGCUAUUGGGUUGACCUUUGAAGAAACAAUGCCCUUUCAGUGGAUAGAAUUUUUGUUUGUUUAUGAAAGACAUCAUUUUUAAAAAUUUAAUUUUAUCUAUGAUUAUGUAAAUUAUAUUUAUGGUUUCAAAGUUGUGAUAUUGUGAUUUGUAAUAAGAAAU